GGUAGAGCUGACUCAAUGUCCCCAACAUGGUCUCAGACUUGUGCUUCUCUCUGGAUACAGGGAAACGGGAAGGUCAAGGUCUCGGGCUCCAUCAGAGAGCUGACGGAGGGCGAGCACGGCUUCCAUGUCCACCAGUUUGGAGAUAACACACAAGGCUGUACCAGUGCAGGUCCUCACUUUAACCCUCUGUCCAAGACCCAUGGCGGGCCGCAGGACGAAGAGAGGCAUGUCGGGGACCUGGGCAACGUGACGGCGGGCCCGGACGGUGUGGCCAACGUGCUCAUUGAGGACUCUGUGAUUGCGCUCUCGGGAGACCAUUCCAUCAUCGGCCGCACACUCGUGGUCCACGAGAAGCGAGAUGACCUGGGCAAAGGUGGGAAUGACGAAAGCAAGAAGACGGGCAACGCCGGGAGCCGCCUGGCCUGCGGGGUGAUCGGCAUCACCCAGUGAACGUCCCCUGGGCGCGUCUGCGUCCUCAGAACGCCUGUUGUCUCCUAGUUGUAGAAGUUUCACCGAUAAACAUUAAACACUAACCUUCAAAGUGUAAUUUGUCUUUUUUUAAAAACUGCUUUAAGUUCCUGUAAUGUGACUUAUGACCACUGGAAGAUUUGUAUGAUUGUGUCGAUCUCAUUCCAUUAAAAUGUCUGUUUCAAUGA